AAAUGGACGGUUGAGAUGAAUGACACAAUACAAGUCAAGCUCAACUCACAUCAAGAAUGUGGCGCAAUAGAAACUUUCUAUGCUUAUAAAGGCUGCUCGAACUCCAAUGUGUAUCUUCCAUUAUUAACUCCGUUUGUCAUAUCAUAACAUUUUCUUUUGUUUUUUAAUUCUUUAUUGUAGGCAAACCAUUCUGAGUUUUUGAUACAGUAGAAAGCAGGGGAGCUGUUUGACCACCAAAAAAAAAAAAGUUAUGGAAAAGAAGGAAACAUCGACGAAAGCAACAUCCAUGACAAGCGAGUAUGAAGAUUUAUUACCAGUGAUGGCUGAGAAGCUUGACGUAGAGACGUUUGUGUCAGAAUUAUGUGGGGGAUUUCGACUUCUGUCGGACCUGAAUAGGGGGCUGAUAACGCCGGAGAGUCUAAGGGAAAAUUCAGCAUAUCUGGGGAUGGAGGGGAUGACAAAAGAGGACGCAGAGGCCAUGGUAAAAGAAGGAGAUCUUGAUGGAGAUGGAGCACUCAACGAGACUGAGUUCUGCAUCUUAAUGGUUAGACUUAGCCCUGGAAUGAUGGAGGAUGCUGAGGCCUGGCUAGACAAGGCACUUCAACAAGAUUUAACCAAACCUUCAUCUUGAUUCUUUUUCUCUUUUAAGUGUUAUUAUUUGGUGAGUGAUUGAUAAUUUCUGUUGGUUUCAACAUCAAUCUGGUUGUAAUUGUAAGAAGAGGUUGUUCGUAAUGAAUAAUCAAAUUCAUAAAAUGCAUUGCGCUGUCUUGUGAAUAUUGCA